UGUGUGUGUGUGUGUCUCGUCUUUCGGGUCGUUGAGGAAAGAGCCAAUCCCACAAACUCCAGCUAAUUCAGCCGCGACUCUGUAGUAUGCGGAUAAACCCAUCAGCUCCCGCAGUAGUGGAAACACUUCCACCGUCUCAGCGCUUUACACCGGCGUCGAUUAGUUCUGUAACCUCUCCACUGUAACCAGACUUGGAACUUUGCGCGACGACGAUUCGGCGUUUUCAUGUGGAUUGCCGUCUCCUGAUCCGCGGCGGUUCCUGGUGACUGCGCUGUGUAGCGCGGCGGUCAGUGUGCUGUCCAGGCGGGGAGAGGAGCCUGCGCCUCCGGGUCCUCCAGCGCUUCCCAUGCGGCGCCUGGAUCCCCUCAGCACAGCCCGCACGCGCGCACGGGACCCGGCAAGGUAUUUCUCUGAAAAGCAGUGAGAGCUAACCAGAAGUUUGUGGCUUAGAUGCAGAUGAUAUCUCUGCGCAGAGGUCUGGGACAAACGCCUUUUCUAACAAGUCUGAAUUCCUCUGCUCAAUAUCAUAACGGAUUCUGACACUUACACCUGUGACAGGAUUACACUUUUUAAUUACACUGACAAUAUUCAUGUUUACACCUCCAAUAACUACUACUAUUACUACUACUACUACUACUACUAUUACUAUUACUACUACUAUUACUACUACUACUACUAUAACUAUCUGCUCUAGAAUUAUAAAAUAGGUUUUUUUAGUGCGGAGUAUGGGAGUCCAGUGUGAGAGAGUGUGUGUUGACAUCCAGCCUUGCUGUCCUGCAUCAGGGUUCAGGUAGCUCACGGCCAACACACCAUGCAACCCUGCAUAGCAUCUCUCUGUGCCAGGGAAAGCCUGCUGAGUGAAGCUCACAGAGAGAGGGCAAAACAGCCCAAGAGACUUCUACACACACACCCAGCCCAUCCAGAAGUACACACACUCUCUCACAUACUCCCACUGGCAGACACAUACAUACACACACAGUGACCCACAAAGAAGGGCAUGGGAAACUCCUCUCAAAAAGAGGGGGAGGAGGAAAAGGGCAAAGAAGAAGAAAAAGAAAAAGAGGGUGACAAGGAGGAGGAAGUGGAGGAAGAGGAAAAGGCUAAAGUGAAAGAAGAGGAGGUGGAACAAAAGCUGCCUUCGUGUUUUAAUGAGCUAAUCUCUAGUGGAGAUCCAGUGCUGGACCUGAGCCAUCUUCGUUUCCGAUACCUCCCUAAGGAAGUUAUGGGCCUGCUACAUUUGGAGAAACUGUAUUUAAGUAGAAAUCAGCUUCGCACUCUGCCGGAUAGUAUUGCUCAGCUGCAGGGCCUGCGCACUCUUGCGCUUGACCUAAACAAAAUGGAUGACGUCCCGCUGGGUGUGUGCCAGUUGGCCAACCUCACCCGCCUAUACCUUGGCAGCAAUCGGCUGAUGAGCCUGCCACCAGAAUUCAGAAACCUGCAGAACCUACGUUGUCUAUGGAUGGACAGUAACUACUUUCAGCGCUUCCCCAAGCAGCUAUAUGAGCUCCCUCACCUGCGCUCGCUACAGAUUGGUGACAACAAACUUAAGACGCUGCCGUCAGACAUGUGGCGCAUGGAAGCGCUGCGCAGCCUCUGGCUCUAUGGCAACCGCUUCACUGAGUUCCCACGUGUUCUCCUGAAGAUGGAGCACCUGGAGAUUCUGGAUUUAGACCGAAACCGUAUCUCAGAGUUCCCCAGUCUGCUACAGUUCCCAGCACUCCGACUCUUUUCCUAUGACCACAACCCUGUGAGGGGGCCGCCGCGUUUUGGACAGGAUGUUAUAAUUGUUGGGGAAGGGGCAGCACAGGCCUUGAAGGAAAGAGAGAGUAAAAAGCAAGCAAAGGAGCGAGCAGAAAGAGAGGCAGAGGCAGCAGCUGCAGCCGCAGCCGCAGCAGCUAAUCCAGCCAUCCAUGGAAUACUAAAGAAACUCCGAAUGAGCAAGUCUUUGACAGCAAGUGCAGCAUCAGCUGAGGAGGAUGUGACAUUACAAAUCAAAGAAGAAGAGGUGGAGUCUGAAAGACAUACAGUGUCAUUUGACAAGGGGGAGCAUGAAUAUGAGCGUGAGGGGUAUGAUGGUUAUGGAAGGGUAGAGGUGGAGUAUGAGCAAGGAAGAUGAGUGUAAUGAUCGAUUCCUCCCCUUUAACCACAACAAGCUUAAUUUGGAUUGCAAUAACUCGAUUAAAAUAAUACUCUAGCAUUUUUCAACAUAAUAUCCAUUUACCACAUCUGUACUACAUAUGCAAAUUCCACACAGGAGUCGACACAUUUCCCUGUACUGAGAAAAGAGCAGAGAACCCAAACUCGAAACUCACUCAUAAUAAAGGUUUAAGGGUAGUUGCUGAAUUCUCUUAGUAAACCUUUAAAAUAUGUGAUACUUAGACCUGUGCGUAGACAUAUUGGAGGGCAAGAGCUCUAGAGAAAAAAACUAUAGGAAGCCCACUGAAAUCUGUUAAGACCCUUUAUCAGAUCACUACAGGCUAAUGCACAAUAUACAUUGUUUGAUUUUAAAAGUGCAACCCCCACCAAAAAAAAAACCUCUAGAUCUGCAGUCAUAAAUUGAAUUAGGGGUUUUGUCUGGAAUUACAAUAUGUUAAUUUAUUAUAUAUUUGAAUAACAGAGUAGAUCAUUUAACACGCACGUCAUUAAGACAGUGUAUUUUGCCUUUCAACGCACACUAUUUUUUUAUAUUUUAUAUUAAUAUUUAAUAUUUGCUUCCUAUUCUCCAAACCCCAAAACAAUAAACUCAACAUGUAAACCACACAUUUGUGGCAUUGAGACCUCAGAUGUAGGCUAUACAUAUAUAUAUAUGUGUGUGUGUGUGUGUGUGUGUGUGUGUGUGUGUGUGUGUGUUAUUUUAUUGCUAUAGAAUCACUAAACAGGGUGUAAUUAUAAGAUUCAUCAUGUAUCUUACACAACUUAACUAGAUGUAUCAUACAAUGAAUAUAGUCCUACAACUGUUCUGCAUGGUAUUGAAGUUAUCUUUUAAUUAGCUCGCUUUCUUACGUGCGUAGCCAAAUGACUACUUGCUUUAUUUAAACAGAUUAUAUUUGUAAUGCAGUCAUAAAUAUUGUUCAACAGUGAUUACAUAAUAAACCAGUGCAAAAAGGUGAACAUGAAAUUCUCAGUGUUACCUUGUUAACACACUGUUACCUGCUCUCAUUGGCUGUCCAAUCUUUUCCAAUCUGUAGUCGCUGAAGCAAAUGCAAGCCGAUACCAUAUCACAGGUGGCAUCUAAAAACAAUAAAACCAACAAAGAUUGUUGAAGAAUUGUUCGGCUAAGCUGCUGUGGUUGAGUCUUCAGUGUCAAGUGCAAUCCAUGCAACAUCUGUCUUCUGGGAGCCACUUGAAAGCCAUAAAAAUGAUAAUUAUAAAGCAUGAGGCAAGAGCAGAGGCUCAAGCCACACAUAGGUUCUAUCUGUGCACAUACCUGGUUAGACUUUAACAAUAAGAAGGGAAAGUUUUACUGUUCUUAUGUAGUUUUAUACAAUCCUCAACCGCUAGAGCAGCACAGUAACACAUAAUUCAUGCUAUUUAAACUUUUUCUUAGGUUUUCGGCAUUCUUAUGUGAUCAAUGUAACAUGACUAUGUUAGCAACAGAUAACAGAUAAUCUUCCCUAUGUGACAGGGAGUCACCUUCUGAAAGGAUGAAUUGUUGUACAGAACAAUUAUUUCCAAAUAUAUCUGAAUGAAGAAUUCUUGAAAUUCUACAAAAAUUGUGCUUUGCAUAACCCUUUAUUAUCUGAAAUCAAUAAUUGCCACUAGACCACCAUAAGUGAGUUUCGAGUAAACUGGGUUUGUGUUAUCUCAGUACAGGGACACAUUAAAAGUCUUUUCGCUGGUAAUCGUACAGGAUGUGGUUGAUAGAUAUUAGGUUCAAAAUUCCAGAGUUUGCUCCGACAAGGCUGCUGUGAGAAAAAGUGAAAUAAUUGCAAUACAGGACUCUCACUUUUAGGUUUUGCACUUAAUUUAUUAUCAUCAAAUAACCUGUGAAGAACAAUGUACACAGUGCAGCUGUAAUGGACUGAAAGUUUAACAACUUUAUACAUAAUGAAGACCAACUUGUGUGUGUGUGUGUGUGUGUGUGUGUGCGUGCAAAUGAGUGGGUUAACGAGAGAGGGUGUAAUUCUACUCUAAACUGGGUGUACUGUAUCUGGAAUUGGAUAUUGCGAUUGCCGUGAUGUCUGUUGCUGAAACGAAAUCUCUCAUUAAAUAAUCAUUGGGUUUGCGAAAAUGUUUUUCAAUCAUUCAUGCGCAGCUGGGAGAACGAUCUAGUACUUGAACAGACUUAUGUACACCAGCUGUGUAAUUCAACCGAAGGCUCUAAACUUCAGAAAUGUGCUGCUUUUGAAAUGAGACAUGGCAGCCAGAAGCAACAGAAGCUACAGAGCUUUUGAAGAUCAUAAAGAUAAAUGGACAGCGCUAGCCAAACUAAUGUUAACACUGAUAAACCUUGUUAGAGCAGCCAGAGUUUCUCUGAGGACGACAUGUGAAAAGCAGAGAACGGUGUGAGGGGAUGAGA